GUGUGAAUCACUGUCAUGGCGGGACACAUGAAAUGGAGAGUGGGGUUUAACUGUAAAUAUUCAAGGACAACAGUUAUUCCUCUGCUUUUCGUGUUACAUCUUCUGCUAGUUAUAGAACAAGCAUCAGGCGCUAAACUGCCUGUAAUCUCCAUCAAGGAGGGGCUGGAAUCCAGAGAACGUGGACCACAGCAUUUUUGUUACCACAAUCACCUGGUACCUGGGUGGAGGGAGACAUGGACUCGAAUUCAGAUCAAGGUGUGCAGCUCACGGCAGCUGAAGGUGACAGUUGUGCAGGAUGAGGAAGAGCUGCAGGAGCUGGAGCACUUCAGCCUCUGGACCCUGAUGCGUUACUUCCUGCGUGAGCAGACCAACGAGACCGCCAUCAACGUCGACCUGUUCAGCGCAAAGACGUGCCUCCGGGUUGACCCGUCCAGUAGAGAUGCCGAAUACACUGUGAAGCUGGAGCGGAAGUUUGAUAUUUAUCUGUUCCUGGUGUUCCUUGCUGGAUUACUUCUGUUCCUGUGUGCAGAAUCACUUAGCAGGAGCCAGGUGUUCUACUAUUCCGCUGGAAUGAGCACUGGCAUGAUCGCCUCCCUCAUCAUCCUCAUCUUCAUCAUGGCCCGCUUGCUUCCCAGGAAAAGCCCGUUCUAUGUGAUGAUAGUGGGUGGCUGGUCCUUCUCCCUCUACCUCAUCCAGCUGGUGUUCAGGAACCUGCAGCUCAUUCUCAGAGAGCAUUGGCACUUAGCCAUCGGCUACACGGCAGUGGUGGGUUUCGUUAGCUUUGCGGUGUGCUACCGCUAUGGCCCUCUGGUAGAUGAGCGGAGCAUCAACAUCCUGUCCUGGACGUUGCAGCUGUUUGGUCUGCUGCUGGUCUAUGCUGGGAUCCAGGUCCAGCAGGUGGCGUUUGCCAUCAUCGUGGCGGCCUUCUGCUCCAAGAACCUGGAGUACGCUGCCCGGUCGGCCCUUACUGCAUACAACAAGAUCAAGCCAGACUGGAUGAGGAAGGUGGAGCCCCGUCGCCUGCUGACCGAGGAGGAGUACCAGAGGCAGGGAGAGCUGGAGACGCAGCGGGCCCUGGAGCAGCUGCGGGCAUACUGCAGCAGCCCCGAUUUCAGCACCUGGAAGACUGUCUCCAGGCUCCAGUCUCCCAAGAGGUUUGCUGACUUCAUGGAGGGCUCCCCCCACCUGAUGCCCAAUGAAGUGUCCAUACACGCACAGGAGUACGGGCUGGGCAGCUCCUUCUUUGAGGAUGAGCUCUUUGCUACAGAUGAAGAAGACGAAGAGGAGGAAGAGCAGGAUGGAGUCCCGAAACGUGGGGAAUAUGUGAAGGAGCUGUUUUGGAACCACAGGGACCUGUGAGGGCACAUGCUACCGGAAGGGUCAGUUCCAGAGAUGGACCAGAAAGGCCCAAAAUAUGUAACUGCACUUCCCAAAAACCAGACGAUGUGUCAGAAGAAGGGAUUGGGGAUGGCAGUAUUUCUUCUGGUGUUCAGGUUUUGUCUGACGAGUGCAGCUGACACAUCCAGCUCAGGGUAGGGCAGUGACAA